GUCAUUACUUGCUGUAUAUUAUAAACUUGUAAUCCAAAGCUGGGACUUGUCUUCGUACCACCAUCCUCUAGCGUGCCGCUGUGGAAGUCCUUGCAUAAUGAGCUUUCGAUCCGCCGAGCAGUCCCAGCAUGACAAGAUCAACUUGGUUAGGCUGGUAAAGAGGCUGGAUCAAUCAGUCAGUCACGACUUUGAAGAGGGGUUGGGGGAUAAUAAUGGUGGUGAACACCCGGAGAAAACGGAGAAAUAUAUCAGGGCACAAGGAGCAAUGCAGAAAGUCAAGUACGCCCAGAAGCUGCUCAGAACGCCAGAGAUACAGGCAGAACUACAGUCGCAACGGCGGUAUGACAACUUCAGGACGACGCUCGCGCGCCUUGAGGCUACUCUGGAGAAGACCCUGAAGGUCCUUGAGCCAGAGCCUAUCCGUCCGGAACCUAUUUUACCUACGCUCCCCAAGCCCCAGGUUGUCACUCCACUUCCUACCCGAUUGCAGUCGAAAGAUAACUUUUCAACCGAAACCGCUGCCUCUCCCGAGACUGUGCAAAAGGUCCUCCCGGCCGCUGACUUACUUUUGUCACCAUCGGAAGCCCUUCCUCCAGAACCAGACCUGUCUCGAACGUCCUUGAUCGCGCCUCCCCUUCCCCAGUCUACUCUUCCUUCCCUCCCCACCUCGUCUACUGUCCCUCUACAGUCAUCGAAUCUACUUCAUGAAGAAUUAUCCGCGCAGCUAGCGCAGAUGGCUACGCAGCUCAAAGCCAACGCAGUCCACUUUUCAUCGACGCUUGCGAAGGAUCAGGCGCUCGUCCAGGAGACACAGGAGAAGCUCGAGACAAACUACAAUGUGAUGAAGAAGGAGCGGGUACGAGUGCGGGAUUUCAGAGGGAAGAGCGGGGGGACGACGUGCUUGGUGAUUUUCAGCGUAGUUGCUGUGCUCAUAAGUUUUGUUGUGAUGGUCUUCAUCAUCCGGUUAACCAGGUGAGGUGCCCUCUUGGGUAGAAGUGCCUUCGGGACGACGAUCGUCAGAAUGCCUUACGAUAUUGCAGGAUAGUGCACGAGUGUCUCAAUGUUUUCCUCUCUGUCUUUCCCCACAGUGCUAUGCCUUCCGUUUCCUCUGUCAGGAACACCCGUGCACAUCGGACAGGACAUCAAUCAUCGGUUGCAAUUUAGGCACCUCG